CUAUCAUACGUACGCCAUACAAGCGCAUGAUUCAGAAACAAGUCACAUCAUUUAUAGCAAGCUCUCUAUUUAAUUUUGUAGCAUUUAAUUUAGCUGCAAUAUCUAUGCUUUUUAUAGUUUCCUCGGACAAGAUGAACAAUAAUUGCUCUUUUGGCAGUUUUGGAUUUGACGGACAGCGAUGGUUGGAGAUUUUUGUUAAUUUAUUAUCUUUACCAGCACUUGGCGUUGUCAUGGCAACUAAUUUAUUUAUUGCGGUUCAUUCAGUUUACUUGAUGUCAAUAGAGGGAAUAAUACCGUGUGUAUUUGGCGCGUUAUAUCGGCGUACAGACACACCUCUAUCUAGUGCAUUAGGCGUGGGUUUAGUCACCGGUAUCUUAGCAACAAUACUAUCGCAGUUUAGGUUGUUGCAACUCAGUGCCAUAGGAACAUUAUUCACUUAUAUGUUGGUCUGUAUUAGUGAUAUCUUGAUGCGUUACAGACCAGUCCAAACAGACGACGAAGACACUUGGCAGGAUGAAUACAGUGACACAGAACAUGACGAAGGUAACGGAGAACCUGCUGUCGAGUGUCACGUGACGGGUAUGGAUACUACUACCAUAGAAAACAGCAAUAUACGCUUUGCGAAAAUAGAAUCUCUGGGAAAGUGUAAACGCAACGUACUCUACGCAGACACCGAGAAAAGUGAUGAAUCGAGUGAAUCGGACAGAGAAACAGAUGAUAUAGAUCAAAUUGUAGCUGAUUACAAAGAGAAGCUCCGUGUAGCUUCCUUAACCCAAUUUGGAAGCAAACGGAAAAGGGGCAGGGCUAAAGAACCUACGUCAUUUACAUUAACACUAGUUAAUAUUUGUUUGAUCUGUGAUAUGGUAUGCCAAUGUUGUAUUGGAGUAAUACUUCAUCAGUAUUCGGAACAACUCCAACAACUCAAAACAGUAACAUUUGCAAUAUUCCUUGUGACAUGUUUAUUAUCCUUAAUUGCAUGUAUCACAAUUGCGAAGCAACCGCAACUAAGAAUGGAUGGGCCAUCAUCGAUGAUUUUGUUUCCAUGGAUACCGCUAAUAUGCGUAUUUGGAUUUAUCUAUUUAAUGUUUUCUCUUGAUGGUGCCACUUGGAUAGUUUUCACACUAUGGCUAUCGAUUGGUAAGUAUUGA